GAAAAGGAGCAAAUGUGCGCGGCGGCGGAGAGGGAGGGAGGACAGCGAGUGCGCAAAUAGGCAGGCGGGCACAUCAGCAGCAGCGGCAGAGCACCUUCCCGAUCCUGAUCUCUCGUGUCUCCAGCUGCCAGUCCUCUGUGUGCGCCUCUGAUUGAGAUUUCACAGCCGGCUGAAGUGUCCAGAAGCCUCCGCCAACCAUCACCUCCCACAGUCACACUUUCUCUGGAGCUCGGUUAUUCUUAGCUCGGCUGCGAGGGACUGUCCUUCCGGUCCUUCUCUUAUUUAUCCCAGUUUCUUGAAUAUUUAAUGGAAAAUGGCGAUCUGCGCGCCGUCGUACGGUAUUUUCUGCCUCUUCACAGUUCAAACUGUACUUAUCGUGUGCGUCUCCACGCCGACGGACGGGACCCACCUCUUCCCCCAGCACUACACAAUGAUUCACUGGGCCGGGCGCAUUGAGAAGGAGCUGGAAAAGGUUCUGCAACACGUCACCGGAACUCAGCAGAUGAGAUCGAUCUAUACCGAGAAGAAGAGCCAGUUUGAAAUCAAGAGAAACAACCCCAGGGACUUGGUGGAGAGAGUGGCACGCGACAUCUCCAAGCUACUCAACAGUAAGAGGAAAGCCCUGGAGAAACUGGCCAGGGAGGCGGAGCAGCUUCAGAAGGAGCAUGUAUGGCAAGACGGUGUGACGGAGAAUGCCAUUUCAUACUACGAUUCCAAAGCGGAUUCAGACUAUACGGAGGAUGGAGAAGAAGAGAACCCGCUGGAGAGCUCGUCUUCUUUGGAGCUAGAGUUUGUGGACGAUCCCAAUUUUAAAAACAAGGUCAACUACUCUUCCAGUGCGGUCCAGAUUCCUACAGACAUAUACAAAGGCUCCCCAGUCAUCUUAAAUGAGUUAAACUGGACCCAGGCUCUGGAAAGGGUCUUCAUUGAAAACCGUCGGGAGGACAGCUCUCUGCGCUGGCAGGUGUUUGGCAGUGCCACAGGAGUGACACGAUACUACCCAGCCACUCCAUGGAGGGCACCCAACAAGAUCGACCUGUACGACGUCCGCAGAAGACCAUGGUAUAUCCAAGGUGCAUCGUCUCCAAAGGACAUGGUCAUCAUUGUGGAUGUGAGCGGAAGUGUCAGCGGACUCACUCUGAAGCUCAUGAAAACCUCCGUUGUGGAGAUGCUGGACACUCUGUCAGACGAUGACUAUGUGAAUGUGGCCAGGUUCAAUGAGAAGGCCGAUGCUGUUGUUCCUUGCUUCAGGACUUUGGUCCAAGCCAAUGUUCGCAACAAAAAGAUCUUCAAGGAGGCUGUCAUGCAUAUGCAAGCCAAAGGAACUACAGAUUACAAGUCUGGCUUCACAUUUGCCUUUGAACAGCUUCUCAAUGAGAGCAGCGCCCCGAGGGCCAACUGCAAUAAGAUGAUAAUGAUGUUUACAGAUGGUGGGGAGGAUCGUGCACAGGAAAUCUUUGAGAAGUACAACUGGCCCAACAAAACAGUUCGUGUCUUCACCUUCUCUGUUGGGCAACAUAAUUAUGACGUCACCCCUUUGCAGUGGAUAGCUUGUGCCAAUAAAGGUUACUACUUUGAAAUUCCAUCGAUUGGAGCAAUCAGAAUCAACACCCAGGAGUACCUGGAUGUUCUGGGCCGUCCCAUGGUGCUGGCUGGGCCUAAAGCCAAGCAGGUGCAGUGGACAAAUGUCUACCAGGAUGCUCUGGGUUUGGGCCUUGUCAUCACUGGGACGAUGCCAGUCUUCAACUUCACUGCUGACAGUGUAAGCUCUCAGAACCAGCUCAUCCUGGGAGUUAUGGGAGUAGAUAUCGCAAUCAACGAAAUCAAAAAGAAGACUCCUACAUACAGACUUGGAGCCAAUGGUUACACCUUUGCCAUCGACCCAAAUGGUUAUGUCCUGCUGCAUCCCAACCUGCGACCUAAGAUCAUUAACUUUAGGGAGCCCGUCACUCUGGACUUUCUGGAUGCAGAGCUUGAGGACAGCAACAAGGAGGAGAUCCGUCGACAGAUGAUUGAUGGCAAAUCAGGGCAAAGGAAAAUCAAGACGCUCAUUAAGUCAGUUGAUGAGAGGUACAUCGAUGAGGCCAUGCGAACAUACACAUGGACGCCUGUGGAGGGCACAGAUUACAGUCUAGGGUUGGUACUGCCCACAUAUAGUGAGAACCACAUCAAGGCCAACCUGAGUGACCAGAUCCUUCAGGUGCAGUUGCCAUACACCAAGGAUUUUGAAUCACUGCUGCCAAACAGUUUUGAGUCUGAAGGACAUGUAUUCAUUGCUCCCAGGGAGUAUUGCAAUGAUCUGGAACUGUCCAACAACAACACUGAGUUCCUGCUGAACUUUAUUGCUCUCAUGGAGAAGGUGACACCGGACUCUAAACAAUGUGACAAUUUGCUCCUUCAUAACCUGAUUCUGGACACUGGCAUCAUCAGGCAGCUGGUUGAGAAAGUGUGGAAGAAUAAAGACUUGAAUACAUAUGGCUUUCUAGCCGUGUUUGCUGCAACAGAUGGAGGUAUAACAAGAGUGUUUCCGAACAAGGCUGCAGAAACCUGGGAGGAAGACCCUGAGCCGUUUAAUGCCAGCUAUUACCGCCGCAGUCUCGACAACAAGGGCUACAUCUUCCGAGCGCCUUAUCGAACAGCCAGGGACGACCUGCUGAACCCAGAAAAUGACACCAUAGGGAUCCUGGUCAGCACAGCUGUAGAGAUUGCAAUAGGAGGAAAGACCAUCAAACCUGCAGUGGUUGGAGUGAAACUAGAUCUUGAAGCCUGGACGGAUAAGUUCAAGAUUCUUGCCAGUAACCAUACAGACAACCGUCAAGGCUCAAGCACGUGUGGACCAAACAGGGGCUGUGAAAUGGACUGUGAAGCCAACAGUGAUGAUCUCCUGUGUUAUUUAAUAGAUGAUGGGGGAUUCCUGAUCAUGUCCAAUCAGAAGGAUGACUGGAACAAGGUGGGAAUGUUCUUCAGUGAUGUUGACCCCUACUUGAUGUACGCUCUCUACAACAAUUCCUUCUACAACCGCAAGCGGUCAUUUGACUACCAGUCUGUGUGUGAACGGAUACCCAACAGUGAGGCUGGAGCUGCACCCAGAGGGGUGUUUGUGCCUACAAUUGCAGAUUUUGUAAACCUGGCUUGGUGGACAUCAGCAGCUGCAUGGUCCUUGUUCCAACAGUUCAUAUAUGGACUGGCUUAUCACAGCUGGUUCGUCACAGACGAAGUGGAUGCAGAGGGAAUCGAUUCCAAAGAGCGGAGUUGUGUAAUGAUCCAGACCCAGUACUACUUAAGUAAUCUCAGCAGCUCCUACAACAUACUGCAAGACUGUGGCAACUGCUCCAGGCUGAUUCAUGCCAAGAGGAUAAACAACACCAACUUACUGUUUGUGGUGGCAGAGAAGAUGCCAUGCAACACCUGUGAGAUAGAGAAGCUGUCCCAGGAGGAGGAGGAGUUCAAGGAGGAUAAUCCCUGUGAAGAAAUGACUGUGGCGCGUUAUCGAAAAGGACCGUCCACCUGCUUUGACAAUAACAUCGCUGAGAACACGUCAGACUGCGGGCGAGGAAGAGUGGGUUGGAGCCAGGCCACCUGGAUCAUCAGAGACAACUUCCGAAAAGAAAACAAGUUCCCCCCAACGACCACCUCACCACGUCCACCGUCCAGAGAAGGGAGGGGAAAAGGGGCACGUCCAUGUCUUCUUCACAGACCUCCCGCUUCACAGAGACUGGAGAGUUGAGGUUAUCUGUCCACCUUCACCUCCGUGGUCAGACAAGAUGGUGGGGCUUCUCCUCCUUCUUCUCUCCUCCAUCUCCGAGUCUCACUGCUCUGUCAUUCGCCUCUCGUGAGGGCCUGUGGACCAUUCAGCCACUAAUAGCAACCAUAAAAGAAAAAUAAGUGAAAAACAAGAACUGUCAAGUAUUAACUGCUGAAGUGAUGAGUAUUCCAAACAGUAUAUUUAGGUUUAAAUUGGAAAGGGAAGUCGUUAGGUGUUAACUUAAAAAGACAUGAAUUAAUUUAUGCACUAUAUCUACUUGCCAAAAUGAGAUAGAUUUUCAUGUGGUCAUGAAAGAUUCAUGAUAAACCAUGGGAGCAGGAGUAGAGACAGUCACAAACUGAACGCUGAUUCAUUUUGUGCAGCUCCUAAUUGCAGAUUAAUGCUUUUAAAAAGUGAUCGCAUUUCUUGAAGUAUUUUUCCUUAUAUUUGCUGUUUAAGGCCAGUGCUGUCUGGCUCACGCACUAGUGACAGCUGUAAAAUCUGAAUCUGCGUUUGGUUACUGCAGCUCUGGUCAGGAGCACUGUUGAUGUCGAGUAGUAUUCCCCUUUGUGAUCAAUCGACCAUUCUGACCUCUGGUUUUGACUGCUGUGAAAAAAGAAAUCCCUGCACUCUCUGACAGCAAAGCUCACCUAUGCCAAUCCUCACGAGGCCUCUCCAGUACCUCUACUGACACUCCUAAUCCCGAUUUGUGUAUGUGCUUUACUUCUGUUCACACACCAAGAUCUCUGCCUCACAACUCUCUCAUAGCAGUUCCCGGUGGGUGUUUUUCAUUCUUUUGGGCCGGGGGUUGGCAUUUUUCUUUUUCGGGGGCUUAUAUUACCUUUGACUGAUGCUGUUCAAACUUCAAAACCAUUCGCUGCUUGGGGGGAUAGGGGCUUAUCAACUUUUCCAACAAAAGUGCAGAAGAGGCCACUAAAUAUGGUGAUCACGUACAUUAGUACUCUGGUUGUAAUCUGUCACAGUUCGUCAUUUGGUCAUUACGAUGUGUGAAAAGUCAUUUAGACUCCCAUGUUUAGGAGCCGCUCUGUUUCAUAGUGCCUUGAUGCACUUUGUUUUGGAAUGCAUCGGCUGUAUAAGAGUAGAGCUACUGUAUAGUACCUUUAUAAAGCAGCCAUCUUUAGAGGCUUUGGAGCCUGUGAGGCUGAAUCUGCUGGCUAUAGAAAUAGCUUUACACAGAGCUAUCACAGUGACCGGCUCUAGCUUAAUGUAUUUGCCCUCUUGGCUGUGGUUGCUGUACCCCUUCAGAGGCACCUGACUGCCAUCAUAUGGAGUUACUAUACUGUUCCUUUACAAAGUCAUGUAUAGAGCUAUGAUACACUAUCAGUAUACAGCAGCUUAAUUGGCCAUAGAGCGUUUUUAGGGCCACCUGACUGCUAUAGUUCUGCCUGAAUCGUAUGUGUUUGUGUAUGGAUGUAUGUGUGUUUUUUGCGUUAAAACCCCUCAAAGGGAAUGUCUUUUAAAUGGAGCGUAUGAGGGAUGACAGCUGUGGUAGCACAGCUGUUUUUCCUAUUCCUAUGUUGCAAAGGACAAAAUCUAGUGUUGUUUUGGAGGCAAAAAAAAAGGGAUUUUACUGAAACAAAAAGAAUCCAUCUUUAACCAUCAGUCUGCUUAAAUAUCAAUCUUAGGGAGCAAAGGUGUUCGAAAGAAUGUGUAGUUCAUCAGUGUUUCAAAUGCAACAUAGUUAACAAAGCCUCUCUUAAUGCCUUAGUGUUACACAGUACGGAGCUCUGAUAUGUCCCCCUCCCCUUUCAUGUACACUCAUUCUUACGCACACACAAAUAGAUCCUCCAAAAUAUUCACUCCCCUGGGUUUUCUUGGUGUUCUGCAGUAAGUAUAGUGAGCUCUAGUUUUGUAUUUUUACGUCUUGGAAUGAUUCGAUAUUGAUUGAUGCCUGUUCAAUUAAAUGCUUGAAAGCCGGUGGGAGUUUUUAGAAUUUCAAAAUCCUCCGACCUUCGAUGUUCACACCCACCCAAACCUCACUGUAUUGCUCAGGUGGGAAGAUUCACACAAUGACUUGAACCUUAAUUUACACACUCUGUACAGUUGUUGGUACUCUUUGAUGCGACAAACAUGCCGGCACAGUAACUGCGGCUCUGAAGGAAUCGGACUCAGAAAAUAAAAGACGUGAAAAAGUGAAAAUAAAGAUUUGCAUUUCCAAUUUGGCUCUCUUCAGUGUUGGGUACAGGUCUGGUCAUCUGAUGCCGGAUGCAGUUUUACUUUUCUGGCAUUUGUUUGUCUCUGUCCUGUGCCAUUAAUUCUGUCUGUAUUUCCCUAUUUCCACUGUCUGUAAAUGAACGCUACACGUGCCUGUGGAAAUGUACCCUCUGCAGCGUCCUCUCUUUUCCUGGCUUUGUACGCUAACAGUCUCACACAUAUACGUAAAUAUGUAGGCCUACAGUUUGUGCACCUGCACCGAGACAUUACGCACAACGCACACACGCGCAUACACACACAUACACGCACAUAUAAGCAAACAUGUAACAACACUUAUUCAUGCCCAACUGGGAGAUGUCAAGCACUGGACAGAAGUACACCAAGGGCAUCACUUCCCAGGUGUUUUCUGUGAGCGGGCGGGGUGUCAGAGGCAAGCUCGGGGAGUGGGUCUCCAUAGAGCAGCAUGGGUCUGUCAAACCGAAGGUCGUGGAGGAAUCAUGUAGUGACGUCUGUGUGUGCGUCCCAACGGAAAAUGUCCCCUACAGGGGCACACGUAUGAUUUCUGUGGUUUGACAAAAUUUACUUUUGCCAAAAAAAGAAAAAAAAAAAAGAAACAAUAGAAAAUUGGACCAGCUUGGGGAUGAGAGGGAGGGGUCAGCUUCAGGAAACCGCCCUAAAAUAAGUAUGGGCGGGUUUUCAUGAAGCCCCCUCCUGACCCUCGCUGCUUCUGUGUUGGUGCAUAUCUCUGUGGGAAAGACACGUGUGUAUGUGAAUCUGUAGUCUGUAGUCUGGUGCUAUGUGACCAUGUUUGACAAGUGUGUGAAAAAAAAUAACAUAUAGAGAAAAAAAAGUAAAAUCAGUCGAAUUUUAAGUGAAGUUAAAAAAAUAUAUAGGAAUACAGCACUGUUGAUAAGUUUGAGAACUGAAGUCAAAAUGUUUUUAAUUUUUUUUGUUUGGUUUUAUUUCUUGUAUGUAUGUGAGUGUGAAUGUUUGUGUGUGUGUGUGUGUGUGUGUGUGUGUGUGUGUGUGGAAGAUCUCGCUCCUUCUUUUCUGGGCACUGGUCCAUGUCGCUCCAUUCUUUUGUACAGAUGAAGCUAAAAAAAAAAAAUAGAAGAGGGCAAAAUUUGUAAAAUAUUGUGUCUGUGACUCCUUGUAAAAUAUUUUCAAAUCGUUUAUUACA